AUGUCUUAUCAACUGUACAGAAACACGACUCUGGGGAAUACUCUUCAAGAGAGCAUUGACGAAAUGAUUCAGUAUGGUCAAAUAACACCUGCUCUCGGCAUGAAAAUCCUGCUGCAGUUCGAUAAGUCUGUGAACAAUUCAUUAGCCACCCGUGUCAAGUCUAAAAUCACAUUUAAGGCUGGAAAAAUGGACACUUACAGAUUUUGUGAUAAUGUUUGGACAUUCAUGUUAAGUGAUGUAGAGUUCAAAGAAACACAAGAAAUGGCUAAAGUCGAAAAAUUGAAGAUUGUUGCAUGUGAUGGAAAAAGUGUAACUGAUGAAAAUUCAAAGAAAAAUUAA